UUUCACCGUGCCUCGGGCCUCUAACUCCGGGAUAACUUCCCACGGUUUGGUCGCAGGACCCAGGGACGCCUCAUGAUUUGGGCUACGGGCGGGUUUGGAACGCGGUCUGAGGAGGUUCGCGACCUCCGGCGGUCCCACGCCAGACCGAGGAUUCGCCUGCCGGCGUGGGGGUGGGGAAGGCGGGAAGCCGAGCGGUCACGAGAGGAGCCGAGUUCCACGCCGCGGGUUUGCUGUCGGCGGAGGCGGAAGUCUUGGUCCCCCACGGACCGAGUCGCGGACCCCCCCCCCCUUUCUGGUCCUGGCGAUUGAACCGAGGGACCCUCUACCUCAGAGCUACUUUCAUAGCCCUCCCCCUUUUUUCUUUAAAUUUUGAGACAGGGCCUCAGUAAGUUCCCGAGGCUGACCUCGAACUUGGCGAUCCUCCUCCUUCAGCCUCCCGAGUCGCUGGUAUCACCGGCGCACGCCGCCGCACCCGGCCGUGGACUCGGACUGCUAAUAAUUGAGCGCCUGUUGUAUGCAUCACUUUGAAGUUAACAGAGGAGCUUGAUUUUUAUUUUCUCUGCCACGCUGUGACUGAUGGCUCAAGAAGCAAUGGACUAUGAUCUUCAGGUGCAAUUAGAUCGUGCUCCUGAACAGCCUGCUCCUAUUGAAGUUGUCAGCACCCAAGGGAGGCCACCCCUCCUUCAACCUCUUCCUGCUGAAGGAGUUAGCAGCCAAGAAAGACCACCCCUGCUCCAGCCUGUUCCUGCUGAAGGAGUCAGCAGCCAAGAAAGACCACCCCUGCUCCAUCCUGUUCCUGCUGAAGGAGUCAGCAACCAAGAAAGACCACCCCUGCUUCAACCUAUUCCUGUUGAAGGAGUCAGCAGCCAAGAAAGACCACCCCUCCUCCAGCCUGUUCUUACUGAAGUAGUUAACAGCCAAGGGAGAUCACCCCUGCUCCAACCUGUUCCUGUUGAAGGAGUCAGCAGCCAAGGGGUACUACCCCUACACCAGCCUACUCCACAGGUGUCCAUUGACCUGACAGAGGAAGUAGAGCUCUCAGAAGAGAAUGUGGAGAACAUCAAUCCUGGAGCUUCAGAAGAACUUAGACAGGGCUCUGGUGCUAACCGUACUCUCCAAGCAUCUUCAUUGGAUUCAAUGAACAGCUUCAUCAGUGGGCUGCAGAGACUUCAUGGCAUGCUGGAAUUCCUGAGACCUCCACCUUCAGAUCAAAGUGUAGGACCAGUGAGAGCAAGGAGGAGGAGGGGGUCCACUUCCCGGAGGGCAAGAGCUGGAGGAUCUCAGAGGACCGAAAGUGCCAGGUUGAGAGCACCACUGGAUGCUUACUUUCAGGUGAGCAGGACCCAGCCUCACUUUCCAGCUUCAUCUUAUGAUUCAGAGACUAGGAAUCCUGUGCCUGAAGACUUACAGGUAUCAAGCAGUUCUGAUUCUGAAAGUGAGAGCUCUGCAGAGUAUGAAGAGGUUGUUGUCCAGGCAGAGGAAUCUGAAGCUAUCAUUUCAGAAGAGCAACUGGGAAAUGUCUCAACAGACCAAGAAGUUACAUUUAACAGUGGAGGCAAGACCCUCCCCAAACAGCAGUCUCCCCAAAAGUCCAACCCUAUUCUACCUUCUGCUUCUAUGGAUGAAGAAGAAGGGGAUACUUGCACAAUAUGUUUGGAACAGUGGACCAAUGCUGGGGACCACCGGCUCUCAGCAUUACGCUGUGGGCACCUCUUUGGGUAUAGGUGCAUUUCUAAGUGGCUCAAAGGACAAGCACGAAAAUGUCCCCAGUGCAACAAGAAAGCCAAGCACAAUGACAUCAUUGUCCUUUAUGCCCGAACCCUCAGAGCUUUGGACACUAGUGAACAGGAGCGUAUGAAAAGUGCCUUACUGAAGGAGCAAAUGCUGAGGAAGCAGGCAGAAUUAGAAUCUGCACAGUGCCGACUUCAACUUCAGGUUCUCACUGAUGAAUGCACUAAACUUCAUGGUCGUGUCCAGGAUUUGCAAAAACUUGUACAGCAACCCAGGGGCUCCCAAACAAGUUUCCUAAACUGCCUGCCCUCCAGCCAGGGCCAGCACAAGUACCACUUCCAAAAGACCUUCACAGUAUGUCAGACAGGAAACUGCCGAAUCAUGGCAUACUGUGAUGCUAUGAGCUGCCUGGUGAUAUCACAACCUUCUCCUCAGGCUUCCUUCCUUCCAGGCUUUGGUGUUAAGAUGUUGAGUACGGCUAACAUGAAAAGCAGUCAGUACAUUCCGAUGCAUGGCAAACAGAUCCGUGGACUGGCUUUUAGUAGUCGUUCCAAAGGCUUGCUGCUUUCUGCUUCCCUAGACAGUACUAUUAAACUGACCAGCCUGGAGACCAAUACUGUGGUCCAGACUUACAAUGCUGGACGUCCUGUCUGGAGCUGUUGCUGGUGUCAUGAUGAAAACAAUUACAUCUAUGCUGGGCUAGCCAAUGGUUCAAUUCUAGUAUAUGACCUGAGAAACACAAGUUGUCAUAUGCAGGAGUUAGUACCUCAGAAAGCCAGAUGCCCACUGGUAUCUCUUUCAUAUAUACCCAGAGCUGCUUCUGCUGUAUUUCCAUAUGGUGGGGUGCUUGCUGGAACAUUGGAGAAUGCUUCCUUCUGGGAGCUAAAAAUGGGCUUUUCUCAUUGGCCUCAUGUGCUGCCCUUAGAGCCAGGGGGCUGCGUAGACUUUCAGACAGAGAGCAGCACCCGACACUGUCUUGUGACCUACAGGCCUGAUAAAAACCACAACACCCUACGAAGUGUGCUGAUGGAGAUGUCCUAUAAGCUAGAUGAUGCUGGAGAACCAGUUUGCUCCUGCCACCCUGUGCAGACAUUCUUCGGGGGACCCACUUGCAAACUAUUGACCAAAAGUGCCAUUUUUCAAAGCCCAGAGAAUGAUGGCAGCAUCCUGGUGUGUACUGGGGAUGAAGCAUCAAACUCUGCUCUGCUGUGGGAUGCUGGCAGUGGCUUAUUGCUGCAGGACCUGCAGACUGAUCAGCCUGUCUUGGACAUCUGCCCAUUUGAAGUGAACCAUAACAGCUACUUGGCCACCUUAACAGAGAAGACUGUCCACUUCUAUAAGUGGGAGUGACCUUGGUCUUGAGACUUUUCAGGCAUGCUGCUGGUUAACUUUAAAUGUUUGCUAGUACCUACUAGAACAAGAUCCCUACUUAUUGUCUGAAAGCUAGAAUUUGGGGAUCAUGAUUUAUUUGGAUUAGUAUGAUUCUAGGAAUCCAGAUCAAUGAGACACAAUGGAUUGUGUAUCUGCUAUGUCCAUCCAAGGAGUGACUGGUAUUCCAUCUAUACUGUCCAUUUCUCAGGUUAAAAGCUUUCAUGAAUCUUUGCUAGGAAUCUUUUUUCUGUAUACAUUCUGUUGGACUUUGGAGACUCCUCUCAGCAGUCAUUUAGGGUAGGAGGAUGCACCAAGCAUAUUCUGAGGGAUGUAAUACCCACCUGAGUCAUUUUGUCCCUUGGGCUAAUUGGCUUAGUGUGCUGCAUCCCAAGGGGUUUUACAAAACAGCUUCCUGCUUGGUGCAUGCAAAAGUCUUUCUUCUGUUGAACACAAGAGGGCACUGUGUAGAGUUUGAUUUAUUUUAAAACUUAAAGGCUCAUAACCUUUUAGUAAUUAGAUGCUCUCGUCCCGCACAGAUGUGUGUGGUAGAACACAUCUGGUAUUUUGUGGCAUCAGUAGUCAUGUUCCAGGCACAUAGUGCUAAGGCAUUAGUAAGUCCAAUGAUAGACAUGGCUAAGGAGCAGUAUGGGGCUUUAGCUAAUGCUGAGUAUAUUAAGCUUAUUGCAUUGUGAGAACUAAAGAAAGUGACUAGUUGUUUGAGCAAUAGGGAAGAUGCAUUCUUUUUCCCUUCUGCUAGAAAAAGAUCAAAGCUUUUACUUGAAUCUUCCCUAAUAUCAGAGAUCAGGAGCAAGGGACUGAAGAAAAGAGCAAGAAAAGCUUUUCAGACUGCUAUGGAGAAAAGAAAGGCUUGUCUUUCUCCCAUUUUCAUAGCGUUCCUAUUUGAAUAAAGCCAAUCUCUCAAAGUGAGAGGUUUUUUGAGCAUGUUUAUAAUUCCUAAGUAAAGGAUUCCCCAUGUGAAACAUGUUUAUUUCCAAGUUUCUCUCUUUUGCAUCCCUAACCUUUUCUGAAAGUGUUGUUAAUAAAAUGGUUAUUCUCAGGAAGAUAGUGGUUGGAGACCUCUGUGGAUGGCAGGGAAAACACCCCACAACUCUCAUUCCAAAAUUGGAUUGCCCAAUAUUAGGAUCCACACUUCUCUUCAGUAGAGGACUCAGGUUGUAUUUUUCUGCUUUGCCUCAUGCUAUUCUGGGAAUCCAGUGUCCACAGCAGUACAUUCCUCAAGGUAUGGGCAGACCAGUAUUCCUGAGAACACAUAGCUAACCAUGAGAUUUUCUUAAAUGAUUUGUAGAGGAUUUUUUUUUUUUUUUUUUUAAACAAAACAGUUCUGACCUGUCAAUUCCUGAACUGUUCCCAGGAUUUUCUUACUGUCAAGGAAUUGGUAGGUUUUCCCAGAAGUUCUAAUGGUGUCUUUUAAUGGCAGCUUUCUGUUAGAGGGUAUCUUUCAAAAAGCCAAUUUGCCUUGCAUGCACAAGGGUUCGAUCCCCAGCACGGUGGGGGGGGGGGGGGGAUUUCCACAACCUGGAAAAAGCCCCUUUUUCUCAGAGGAGAAACUCCUUUUGAUAUGUUGAUAAUUAGGAGAGCUGCCCUGGCCUUAUGCCUCAGUGGCAGAAUGGGAUUGGAGUUAAAAACUAGAAUACAUUUGGCUUCAGCAUGAUACAAUAGAGAGGAUGUAGGUGUCAACACCCUAGCCACUUUUAUCUUGGGGCCAGGGUAGUGUUAGGAUUUGAUUUGCCUUGAAGUACACUCAACUAAUGCUGAUUGAGUCUCCUGAUGGUAGGAGCCAGGGAACACAUCACCAGGGAAAUUGCAAAAAUGUCAAAUCUUGGCAGUCCCUACAUUUCUAUAGUAAAUUUGGAUUUGAUAGGGUUGGGGUGCUGGGGCUUGAACUCAGGGCCUCAUGAAUGCUAAGUUACCACUUUAUUCCAUCCUAAGCCCAAAUUUUUAGAAAUACAGUCACAUUGAUUUCACUGAAGAAGAAAACCUCACCCCACUUCCCAUCCCUGUCCCCACACCCAAUUGUAGGAGACUUCAUCUAUAGACCCAGAUUCUACUCCCAAGCAUGUUCUACCAUGUUCCUUCACCCUACAUCUCAGGUUGUUUGAGGGGGUGUGGAGUUAAAUUCAAAAUAAUUUUUUAUAUAUAUAUAUAUAUCCUUGCACCUGCUUUGAAAAUAGGGCAGUAGGGCUUCUGUUUUUUGUUUUUGUUUUUGUUUUUAAUUCUGUGUUUUAAUGUUUAUGUUUUGUAUUUUAAUGUUAGUAUGAAAAUAAAAGAGUCUGCCAU